AUGGGUGCAUCACAGUCCACCGGCGGCGGCGACGCGCCUAGUAAUGCCGGCGAAGUCAAGACAAGUUACUACGAACUACUGGGUGUGGAGCGCAAUGCCACUCAAGAUGAACUCAAGAAAGCAUACCGCAAGAAAGCGCUCGAGCUGCACCCCGACCGAAACUACGGCGAUGUCGAACGUACCACUGCCCUCUUCGCCGAAGUCCGAUCCGCAUACGAAGUUCUCUCAGAUGACCAGGAGCGCGCAUGGUACGAUGCACACGAGAGGGAUAUACUGCGGGGUACUACUGGCGAGGAGACCAGCGACCAUUACCAGGGUGACAUGAAGGUUACGACAGCCGACGACAUAACGCAGAUGAUGGGCAAGUUCAGGGGGAAUGUGGACUUCUCAGACUCGCCGAACGGCUUCUUUGGCUUCGUACGAGAGACGUUCGAGCAACUUGCGCGCGAAGAGGAGUAUGCCGCUGACUACGACGACCUCGACGUACCGGAUUACCCUAGCUUUGGUCACAAGGACGAUGAGUACGAGGGUGUUGUGCGCGACUUUUACUCCGCAUGGAACGGCUUCGCGACGGUGAAAAGUUUUGCAUGGCUGGACGAAUACAAUCCCUCUCUUCAACCUGAUCGCCGCUAUCGAAGGGCAGCUGAGAAGGAGAACCAAAAGAUCCGCGACGAAGGCAGAAGGGCGUUCAACGAUGCGGUCAGAACGCUGGUUGCGUUCGUACGCAAGCGAGACCCACGAUAUACCCCGAACACACAGACGGCAGAGGACAAGGCCAAAGCACAGCGGGAUGCUAGGAAAGCGCAGGCUGCACGAGCAAGAGCUGCGCAGAUCGCCAAGAUGGAGCAAGAGGAGCAGGCGGUGCCAAGUUGGGCUACCGCACGUCCGGCGGAUGAACUUGAAGAGGAAAGCGAGGGUGAAGUCGAGGAAGACGUCUACGAGUGCGUUGCGUGUAACAAGACAUUCAAGAGCGAGCGACAAUACGAUGCCCACGAGAAGAGCAAGAAGCAUCAGAAAGCAAUCCAGGCUCUCAAGAGAAAGAUGCAAAAGGACAACGCCCAUCUGGACUUGGAUGAAGACGCUCUCAAAAGUGACGAGAUCCUACCGGUGGAGGAUGAGCUUGCAAUGGAAGCCCAAGUUUCUGGUGGUGGAGACUCCGAUGCAUCCGUGGAAAACCUCGCGACAAGGACGAAUGAGCUUGACAUAGACGACCACAGUACAGACGAGGAAGAAGGCCGUGUGGACCGAGUGGCACCUAGUAAUACAAUGUCUGCAUCGCCCGUCGACUCAGAAACAAGCUCAGACGUUGACGACGAAUAUGCUUCGCGCUCCGAAAUAGAAGCACGACUUGCUGGCGCCAGCACAGAACCCUCCACAGCACCCACCGAAGAUCUCGACUUUAAACCUGAAGAUCCCACAGAACCAGAAGUCACCGCCCCGCCGGAACCCAAGCUCGGCAAGGCUGCGUUGAAGCGCAUGAAGAAGGCUGCAAAACAGGCUGAGAGCGAAGAGCCCGAUAUCAAAAACAAGUGUAAUGGCUGCAGCGCUGGUUUCUCGUCCAAGACUCAACUGCAUCAGCACUUGAAGAAGCAUCCCGAACAUGCGGCGCUGAAAUCUAUCGCGCAGCCGGGUGGUGGAAAGAAGAACAAGAAGCGGUAG